GAUUAGAAAUUAGUCAGAGCCGUAUUCAUGGUUACAUCAACCAGUAGAUAAUUGUUAAUUAUUGUAAUAUAAUAUUCUAAUUAAUUAAUAAUAGUCGUAAUAAUGAUCUUGCUCGAGAUAAACAAUAGAAUAUUAGAAGAAUCGUUAAGUAAUAAAAUUAAAAAUGCCUUGGCUGGUCAUAAGCCAGAGUCGAUGGAUGUCGUAAUUGCCGACUUCGAUGGAGUGUUAUUCCACAUUUCCAACUUAAAUGGGGACAAGUCAAAACUUAGAAUAAGUAUUUUGCUCAAAUUUUAUAAGCAGUUGCAAGAACACGGAGCCGAUGAGUUGCUUCGGCGUGUGUAUGGUUCAUACCUUGUCGACCCCGAAAGUGGAUACAACGUUUCGGUGCUGAUAGACCUUGAAAAUCUGCCAGAGGACUGGGAAGUCUUGGUGAAAAAAUUGGGCCUCCUAAAGAGGCAUUGCUUUGCCAGUGUUUUCGAGAAAUACUUUGACUUCCAGGAAGAAUGCUUGAACUCGCCAGAUGAGAGCACCAAGAAAACACAGAAGAGGGCAGUGAUUCAAUAUCGAGACCAAGAAACUAUGUAUGUCGAAGCAAAAUCCGACAGAGUAACAGUUGUAUUUAGCACGCUAUUCAAAGACGAAGACGAUGUAGUAAUAGGGAAGAUGUUCCUCCAAGAGUUAAAGGAAGGCAGGCGAGCAAGUCACACGGCGCCGCAAGUUUUGUUCAACCAUCGAGAACCACCUUUGGAAUUGCAAGACUCCGAUGCUGCAGUAGGGGAUCGAGUUGGUUACAUAACUUUCGUUCUUUUUCCACGGCAUACGAAUAAGGAGGCUCGUAACAAUACUAUCGACCUGAUUCAUAUGUUUACAAACUACUUGCACUACCAUAUUAAGUGCAGUAAGGUGUACAUCCAUUCGCGGAUGCGUACUAAAACUACAGAAUUUCUGAAGGUAUUGAAUAGAGCACGAGCCCAGCAGAAGACUAUGGAGAAAAAGACUAUCACGGGUAGAACGUUCAUCAGGAAGGAAUGAGUUCAGCCUGUCGGGCCAGGACCUUUGGAAGAAUGAAAGAAUUCGGAGAUAAUGGAGGGUGUUAUUCGUCCACGUCGGACCAUCGUUAGAAAUUUGACACUUUUCCAUGGAAGUACCUUUUCAUGAGGUGGCACACUGACCCUUAGGAUUAGCGAGCUAAGAGCUUCCCAUCAGAGAUGAUCAGCGAUGUUCCACGCCAUUGUCGAAAGGGAGGCACGGCUCCCUAGCGCCAUGGAACUGCUUUCAACUAGGGGAAAUGUUCUCUAUCGGUAAAAAGGACCGCGUCUGCAGAUUCUAAACACGGCACAGUAGCGAUGGAAUGAAGUUAUCGGCUUUUUGUUUUUAGAAUCAGGGUCAACGUAGGUUGGGAAAGAAGACUACGAAUACCAAAUAAUGUUAUGCGUGGAUAAUUGAGAUUACGACGACCCUGUUUUACCGAUCACGAAGAUUUCCCCCCUUUGAAAGUAGUUCCGAUUUUUCCAGAGGUGUAAAGGGAGUAGAGGGCGCUAGGGGGCUGUGCCUUCCUUUCAAUCAAUGGCGUGAAACAUCUUCCUGCUCGUCUCUGUUCCCACACUCGACAGUCAAGAAUUUGCACUUGUCCAGCGGUACAGGAUACAGAAAAGGGCAUCGAGUCGGGCCACUAUUUUUAAUUCAAUGUUCAUCUCCGAAUAGCGUACGUCAAAGUGUCCAUCUGAAGUUGCUAAAUGCGAUUAUUCGGUCGCGGAUCACUCGAGUUAACUGACAGACAUGAAUGGAUAUUCGCAAACACGGUAUACGAAAUUAAGAAUGAUCCGACAACCGACUCUUGGUAGAUGGGCCCUUGCGAUCACGUUAACAUAAUUCGGUAAUUAUGCAUAAAAGGCUGAUCUUCUUCCAUUUUUGUAUAAUUCUGAUAUAUUGUAGAGGACGUCCCGAAUAUUUUCAUACAUAUAUUUAAGAAUAUGUGAAAGGCGCUGAGAAAUUUCAAUCGACGUCGAUUAAUUAAAAUUCAUCUACACCCUUUUAGGUGGUAACGCCAUUUUGAAUACUCAAGUGAUAAUGUAAGCUGGCGCGCCACGUUAUCAACAUUUAUAUUUAUAUUUAUAUUGAAGUAUGUUACUCUCUAUGUUGAUAAUUGUACGAAGUGAAGCGUUGCAUAUACCAUUUCGGUAGAAUAAUUGUAAAGAAAUCGAAGGAAAACUGUCGAAAUGAAAAUACUCGGGACGACGUCCUCUACAAUGUAUCAAAGUUAGGCGAAAAUCGGAUCACCCUUUUAUGCAUAAUUGGCCAUAAUUCUUCAUGUUGCCGCUACAUGGAAUGUAAUCUGGUAAAAAAAUAAUAAUUUCUACGAUUGGUUAUCGGUAAGAAGCUAUUAAACGACAUGGAUAAGACGUA